GUCAAUUUUCUUUUGGUAGAAACAAAAACUCAGAUUCUUCAAAUACGCUCUUGGGUCAAUAAAUGCGCAGAGGAAAGAAAAAAAAAACAGUUCUGCAUAUUUUUAAAAUUGCUCAAAACAAAUAAUAAUAUAUAAUUUAUUAAUCUAUUGGUAAUGUCAAACAACGAUAAAUCAACACUCAAUAUACCCUCAUUUGAAGAUAUUCAAAAGAAAAGAGAACAACAACUAAAACAAGCUAAUUCUAUUUUCAAUUCAGUGCGAGCAGAACAAGCUACUAAUAAAAGUCCAUUAACAUCUACUGCUACUACUACUACUACUACUACUAACACUAACACUACCACUAACACUACUACUAAUGCUAAUACUACUACAAAAAUAUCACAACCUAUUCAUACAUACACAGGAUCUACUACUCUUCGACGGACAACAGGUAAUACUAUCCUAGUUAAUCCUACACAACAAAAGAACCCACUUUUAAAACACAUUCGUAAUGUACCAUGGGAACUUUCAAAUGCAAUCAAGAUUGAUUACGUUGUAGGACAAACCACAGGUGUCGUUUAUCUUAGCUUACGCUAUCAUCGACUCUAUCCUUCCUAUAUUUAUGAUCGACUUACUUCUCUCAAAUCGCUCUAUCUUUGUCGAAUUUUACUUGUGCACGUCGAUGUUGAAAAUUAUCACGAUGCCAUUCGAGAAAUCAAUCGUAUUGCCAUCCUAAGUGAUUUUACAUUGAUGCUAUCUUGGAGCCUAGAAGAAGCAGGGCGAUAUUUAGAGACUUACAAAAUGUUUGAACACAAGGCACCUGAUUUGAUUCGAGAACGUGUAGAAAACGAAUAUUUAGCAAAGAUGACAGACUGUUUAACACAAAUAAAGAGUGUUAAUAAGACAGAUGUAUUGACGUUAUUAUCCACUUUCAGAACUCUGAAAGGAGUGGCAGAGGCCAAGACAGAGGAGUUGGCCAUGUGUCCUGGCUUUGGUGAACAAAAAGUAAGACGAGUACAACAAGUUUGGAAGCAGCCAUUUCUAGCAAAUAAGAAACAAAAAAAGAAAUAAAAAAAAAAAAAAAAGAAGAAAA